AAUAGGUGAAUAGUUAGGACGCACGUCAUCGAAACUCCGGAGCAGGGAAGAUGAGCAUAUCAGAUUCAGAACUGCCGAGGAAGGAGGCCAACGUCCUCAAAGGGCACGAAGGUGCUGUUCUAGCCGCUCGAUUCAACGCCGACGGCAAUUAUUGCCUGAGCUGCGGCAAGGACCGUACUAUUCGCCUUUGGAACCCUCAUCGUGGCAUCCACAUCAAGACCUACAAAUCCCAUGGCCGUGAGGUCCGCGACGUUCAUGUCACCUCGGACAACUCCAAAUUCUGCUCAUGUGGUGGCGACAGGCAGAUAUUUUAUUGGGAUGUAGCAACCGGCCGUGUAAUUCGCAAGUUUCGUGGUCACGAUGGGGAGGUAAAUGCAGUGAAGUUUAAUGAGUAUGCAGGUGUCGUAGUAUCAGCAGGCUAUGAUCAAUCACUGCGUGUUUGGGACUGCAGAUCCCACAGCACUGAACCUAUACAGAUAAUUGAUUCAUUUUCAGACACAGUCAUGUCUGUUUGCAUAACAAAGACUGAAUUAAUUGGUGGGAGUGUUGAUGGAACCGUUCGAACAUUUGAUAUAAGGAUUGGUAGAGAAAUAUCAGAUGACUUGGGACAGCCAGUUAACUGUAUCUCAAUGUCAAAUGAUGGUAACUGCAUAUUAGCCGGUUGCUUGGAUUCUACCUUACGGCUUCUGGACAGGUCUACUGGAGAACUAUUGCAAGAGUAUAAGGGCCACACUUGCAAGUCAUUCAAAAUGGACUGCUGCCUUACAAACACUGAUGCUCACAUUACUUGUGGAUCCGAGGAUGGUUCAAUUUUCUUCUGGGAUUUGGUAGAUGCAUCUGUAGUGUCAAAAUUUCGGGCUCAUGCUUCGGUGAUAACAAGUGUGAGUUAUCACCCAAAGGACACUUGUAUGAUAACUGCCUCUGUUGAUGGCACUAUUCGGGUUUGGAAGGUAUGAGAACCUAAAACUAUUUGGUAUUGCCCUACUCUGACACUGUUGUUGAAAGGAUUUGAAAAUUCUAUAUAUAUAUCUGCUGUAAAUUAUUUUAUGGGAUAUUUAGUUUUGCGAACAUUUUAUGGGUCAA